GUUCAGUUGGAGGUACCGUACGGUAUAUCUUAUUCGGAUCAUGGCAGAAGAUACGUUGUCAACCCUUCUACAAACUUUAAAAUUCCCACAAAUACCCACCUCUGAUGAAGAACCAAGGGACUGGGUGUACACUAGGAGAAGGGAGAUGCAGGAAAUACUCCCUGGGUUGUAUUUAGGACCAUAUGCUGCAGCUCAAAGAAGCAAGUUACCUGUUCUGUUAGAGCACGGUAUUACCCAUGUUCUUUGUAUAAGACAGGCACCAGAGGCAACCAUCAUUAAACCAAACUUUCCUGACAGAUUUCAGUACUUAGUCCUUGAUGUAGCAGACAAUGCAUUGGAAAAUAUCAUCAGACAUAUACCUACAGUGAAAGGGUUUAUUGACUCUUGUCUGCAAUCAGGAGGAAGGAUACUCGUUCAUGGAAAUGCUGGUAUCUCAAGAAGUGCUGCUCUUGUUAUAGGUUAUCUAAUGGAAACAUAUGGAUUGAAAUACAGGAUUGCAUACCGCUUUGUGCAGGAAAAACGUUUCUGUAUCAGUGUGAACGAUGGAUUUGCCAGCCAGUUGAAGGAAUACGAGGCAAUAUUCACUGCAAGAAUGCAAGUUCAUUCUGGAAUGACAGAAAGAUUAGAUCUCAAAAGACCAUUGGAUGAUGAAGAAAUGGAACCAGAUUAAUGGUCCUGUGAUUACCAGCGAGAUUGUGCAAUCAUUCCCUUUAAGGAUUCAAUAUCAGCAGAAUCUAGUCCUGCACAUAGACCUGUUCCUGACCCUAUUUAUGGACUUGAACCUAGUCUUGGACCUGCAUAUAGACCCAUUUCUAGUCCUCUGUUUCUGGGACCUGAACUUAGUCCUA